GACAGUGAGCGAUGCUGGAGUGCUGAGGAUCGGCCUCAUCUCCCUUCAGCCUUGCAGGAAAAUGGCCGGCUUCCGUUACUGGGUUUGGGACCCACCGUUGAUAAUUUCACAGAUCGUGACGCUUCAAUGCGUGUUCUACGCAGGACUCGGAUUUGUGAUCUGGUUUAUCGAUGUACUCUUCCAACAGAGUCUUUCGCUUGAACAAUUGUUUUCCUACGGCGCUGUUCAUCUCAAGAGUGCGAUCGGCAUUGGCACCGUGCUGGCGUACAUGCUGAACGCCUGCAUAUCUGCCUCGGCUCUUUGGUACUUCGUCGCACGCACGAAGCAGUGUCUGGAUUUCAGCUGCACAACGCAUUUCUAUCAUCUGCUGGCUUGCUGGUGUUACAACGGACGUUUUCCUUGGAGUCCGGGCUGGUGGUUGCUCAACGUUUGUUCGGCGACGAUUAUGUGUGUUCUUGGAGAAUAUCUCUGCAUACGGACGGAAAUGAAGGCGAUCCCGCUUCUAGGGAACAAAGCCGAGCUAUAGUUACGGCAGGAAAGUCCGGCGAGAAAUAGUUUUCCGCAUGGAACCGAGCCUCGAGAACUAGGGUAUACGUGGUCGCGAAGACUUCCGGGAUGGUCUUCAGUGGGAAAUUGCUGCUCGCGGAAUCCGGGAGGGCUGUCAUACAGGAUGCUCGGUGUGGUCGUGGGUCUAGAUGGUCAGGAGCCUCGAAUCAAUCCUGAACGUUGAUUGUGCCUCUUCCGAACGUAGCGAGUAUCAUCAGGGGGGGAAUGUUAUCGUGCAUUGAUUCUGAAACAAACCUUGUUGAAGCUGCCGAUCGAAGGCUAAGUCGCGCAUGAAACCACAUGGCGAGACCAUCGUCUGUCAAAGAUCGAUAGGAUAAGUGCGCGGAGAAUGUCGGAUGCCAAUUUCAAGAGUGUGAUACGUGAGUGCAAGAUGUGAUAAGUGAUGAUAUCGCAAUAGCGUUGGUGUACAAAGGAUGUGUAUAUUCGAAUCGGAUCGUGAGGAAUAGAACUGUAUCUCAUG